GUCUCCUCAUCCUUCGGUCCUCCUUUCUACACCCCUUCGACCCUACGCUCCUUUUGGUUUGAUUCACGACAUAUACCAGGUGCUUAGAGGCUUUGAAUGGCCCAAGAUGUUCUGCCCGUAUCCGACGAGGGUGCAUUCCACGCGCUCUGGCGGUCGUUCGCGAUGAUCAUAUUCUCUGAGAUUGGGGACAAGACAUUUCUCAUUGCCGCCAUCUUGGCCAUGCGCCAUCCGCGCCUCAUCGUUUUCGCUGGGGCUUUCGGCUCCCUCGUCGUCAUGUCGCUCCUCUCCGCUGGGCUUGGUCACAUCCUCCCCGCCCUCAUCCCCCGCAAGUGGACACAGGCGUGCGCAGCCGCCCUCUUCCUUGUCUUUGGUGUAAAGAUGCUCCAGGAAGGUCGCGAAAUGAAGGGCGGGAACGAGAAAAUUCAGGAGGAGUUGAAGGAAGCGGAGGAGGACAUCGAGGGGGACGAGGCUACACACGACGGUACGGGUGGUGUCGGGGAGGGCGGACAGGUCGUCGUGCCACUCGAAUCCAUUGAAGCAGGUCACGGAACCGGACAUGUACGGCGACGGUCCAAUAGCGGGCGCCCCGCGUCACCGCGCUCACAGACGAAGCAUGCUAUGAAGACCUAUGCCGAGUCCGCGCGCAACUUCUUCAGCUAUCUCCUUGGACCUGUGUUUGUGCAGGCGUUCGUGCUCACAUUUCUUGGAGAGUGGGGAGACCGCAGCCAGAUAUCGACUAUCGCGCUUGCCGCCGCCGAUAAUUUGUAUGUUGUAGCGUUCGGCACGAUAGUCGGCCACUCGUGCUGUACUGCGCUCGCCGUCAUGGGGGGUCGAUAUGUAUCCACGAAAAUAUCUGUGAAGCAUGUGACGUUGGCGGCAAGCGGGCUGUUCCUGCUGUUUGGUAUUGUGUAUUUGUACGAAGCAUUCCUCCCGAUAGACACGGACAAGGCGGACUUGCAUCCAUUAUCGACAUCAUGACCAGAACGUCAUGCGUUAGUAUACCUAAUAAUAAGCCAGACUGCGC